AUGACGACAACCAGCGACUGGAUUUUCACAGCAGAAGAAUUGCGCUCGACGCCGUCCCAGCGCGACGGCAUGAAGUACACGGACGAGCUCGUGCUGCGUCGCGACGCCUGUGACUUUGUCGAGAAGAUGGCGAAACCCCUGGACAUGCCGAAGCUCGCUCAAAUUAGUGCCGACAACUUCUUCCAUCGCUUUUACAUGCGCCAGUCGCUCGUGCGCUACGACAAGUACUUGGUCGCUGCGUCGUGCGUGCUAUUGGGCUCCAAGGCCGAAGAAAGUCCUAAGAAGAUUGGCCAUGUAGCCAAGGCGUACAUUGCUGUCCGGAAAGUCGUGGAGAAGGAUCAGGUGUUUGCUAUCCAGAAACACGACCCGCAGGUGAUUGCAGGCAAGAUCAUCUCGAUGGAGGGCAUUCUGCUGCACAAUUUGGCGUACGAGCUGACGCUGUCACAUCCGUACAAGUACAUUAACGAGAAGGUGGACAAGGUGGUGCGCUUGCAGCAACUGAAUGAAAACACAGCCAAGGUCCAGAGCAGUAAGAUCAAACAGGUGGCCUGGUCGUUUUUGAACGACAGUGCGUACACGGUUGCGUGUUUGCGCCUGGAGUCGGUCGAUCUGGCAGCCGGUGCGGUGUAUUUGGCCGGACUCUAUGAGGGUUACGUGCCUGAAGACCUGUGUACAGCUAAGGGUGAGCCAUGGUGGAGUGUGUUGGCAACUCCACUUCAUACCUUGCAAGAUGCGGCCCGCUACUUGCUCAACGCUUACAUGGCGCCGUACAUCAAAACGAACGUUCUUGCGGCGGGCCUCUCAAAGUUAGUCUAUGCUUUCCACCCGCCCAAGCUGGUCGAAAGCCCAGCUUCGUUCGCUGAGCUAGAUGCCGUGGAGCACGAGCAGUCGUCUCCAAUGGUCUCCUCGCCGAUGGACUCCGCCGUGUGCGUGACGUCUCCGGAAUGUGGCGGCAGCCAAGGCCGUUCACCGUACGACCACGACUUUGACCACGACGUGAAGCCGCAUGUCAAGGUCAGUGUGGAGAGCCCGCGCGAGACAGUGCAGCUUCCUGCGACGCCCGCAUCGCUGCUGGACAGCUUCUCUGUUGCCAACGAUAGUUCAAGUGCUGACAAGUUGUUGGGAAGCACAGCAGCGAUGCGAGUGGCGAGCACUACUGGAAGGCUAGCUCGCAAGCGUGGUAAGGACGCUGAAAGCACGUUUGGUUCUGAAAAAAAGUUUAGGUGCUGCUUGUAA